AUGAAUGAAUUGUCGUGCUCGGUAAGGAGUGUGGAAGUAUGUGGGCAGCUGUCACAUUUUGGUCAUGCACUGGAUCCACGAUUUGUAUUCCCAGCUACUAGUUCCGAGAAAGUAUCGACUCGUGCCCGAGUUACUCGUCCCACCAGGAUGUUACCGCACAGAAGUAUUGCAUUAGAUCUUCACGAUGACAGUAAAAGUGCAGAAAGUGAUAGCGGCAGCGUUUUAAACAUCGACAAUGAGAAUAAUGCGAAUGAACUAGGCGAGGGCGCAGCCAAUCAAACAGCGGCAGAAGAAGGUGAAGCUGAAUUGCUCCGACGAUUUGGGCCGGUUCAUCCGAAUUCUGACGAAAUUGAUAUACGGUUGAAGAAUAUCGACCGCCUUUGCUCAUUUUUGUUUGAAAACGUUUCAGAACCACUUUACCGUCUAAACGAUGAACCGAUGGAUAUGGUACUUAGAGCACUUAGAACCACGCAAAAUGCUAUAUCAAAUUUGAGUAGUAUGUUGGUGCAAAUCAAAGAAGGUGAUCCGGAUGUGCUGCAAAAAUUCCAACGACGAGGACCGAGCACGAGAUUCGUGCAAUGGAUGCCAUCCUGGGCAAAUUCAUCGGCUCGAGUGCAGAACAAUCCGGUAUUUUUGUAUACGGUGUAUUACAGACAUGUACCAUCAGUGCACAGUAAUGAUGAGUACGAAGGCGUUUUCGUUGUUGAUGAGGAUCAGGUUGAGGGCGAAGUUAGCACGGCUGGUGACGAUUACUAUGAAAAUUAUCCGGCUCACAUGUAA